AUGGCCCCCCGAGACCCGGCCCUUGCUAUGCUCCUUGAGCACGCGAACCGCAUAGAAAAGACCCUCGACACUGUCCAAGAUUAUGUCCAGAACAAAUCAAGCCGACGCCGAGACCGUGGAGUCGAGCCGUAUUCUCGUGGUCCCGGGCGAACAGAACAUAGCGAAGCGCCCCCCUGGCUGAGGGAGGUGACGGCUCUCCUGAACAAGUUGAGGGAUGAGACCCAGUCGCUUCGCUCCGAAACGCAGGCUCUAGUGGCGCGACAGGAGGCACCAGUCGCCGCGAGAGCAAAGCCUUCACCUCGAGAUACUGGGCUCCAUCCCGCUUCAGAUCGCCGCCGUGGCAAGGCUGCGCAGGGCACGCGCAUGGCUUCGGGCGGCGGAGCUACACAGCGGCGCUUGAAAUACGCCCCGAAUACACCCGCCAGUGUUGGAGAUAUAGCUGUGAGAUGCUCUCGGCGCGCAGUCGAAGCGACGACCACUUCAGAUGUGGUGGCGGCCUUGGAUGUCCAAGCUGAGAAGGCAUCUGCUCCGGAACCGUCCACCAACGACCAGAAUGGAUCUAUAAUUGCUGCCCCCAAUGGCUCUACCUCGAAUUUCACACUUACCUCUGCUGAGAUGGGCGAAGGAUUGAUCCCUGCCCUCGAAAAAAUCAUUCCUCAUCCAGACUUCGCCAACGAGAUUUCAGUUCCUCACAAUCCCAUUGACCUGGCUACGUUUCAGACCUACCUAGAUGUUUGCGACGGUGAUUGCCAAUACACCACCAAUGCCUUCCAGAGGGGUCCAAAAGGGGAGGGCUAUGGGUUUGUUUUCGCCCCCAACCCAACCGGAGAACCCGUCGCCUUCCCAAGGAGCCUCGAGGCAGCUAAGACGCCAACCAUUGCGGAAGCAAGGCAGUAUCUCAAUGACUAUGUGGGAAAUCUACCAACCAAACCCGCCUUUUACUACAGUGGCCAUGCGUCGAGCGUUCCGAAUAAGACUCCACUGCAUCCAGGGCACGAGAUCUUGGCUAACGAGCAUCUGGCUGACUUGCAUCGUCCAUAUUACCAUAUUGGUGUAGACGGAUCUGCAAACCGAUUUCACUGGGAGGAUCUGAGCUCUAUGGACGGGGGCGAUCUAUCGACACGUCACGGUCUCCGGUCUGCGAACGUGGUGCUCUUCGGGGUCAAGCUUUGGAUCUUGAUUGCAAUGAACCACACAACAAAAUUCGAGGAGUUUGUUUCCACCCACUGGGAUUGUAACACGUGCAGUCAUCGGGUCGGUCACCAAAGUCUCCUGAUCGCGCCCUGGAGGCUCGAAAAAGAAGGCAUCAACUUUACCAUCCAUGUCGCCACCCCUGGGAAAAUGAUCGUCCCUGACUUGUGCCAAUACCAUUGUGUCGUGAACAUGGGGUUCUGUAUUGCCCAGUCGAUUAAUUUCAAAUUGGCGGGAGACCAGCUGGUAUCGAAUACACAUGUUAGCUGUGACUGGUGCGGUCUAGAUGAACUCACAAGAGAGCAUUCGAACAAUCGCGUCGCGCCGCCUAAACCAUCGCGAAAACGAGGAGCUCAAGCGCCGCUGCCAGCUGCGAGGCCAACGAAGAGACUUCAGCCAACCAACAUAACCGAUAUUCUUAAGUCGAUCAAGAAACGAGAUCCUGGUUGUAUUGUGCCCCGGGUCGAAUUUGUCGACCCGGGGCAGUCCGAUGUCGUGGCACCGGCGGCGGCCAUCCAAAGCUCCCUGGCUAUUGCACAAUUUAUGUCGCUUGUUCGCGAGUGGAGAAGCUCACGCAGCAAGAAUGGGUUUUCAUACAGCAGCGACAGCCCCGAUACUACAUUGAGUGUAGAAUAUCAGAUCAAAUGUUUGCAGUUCAGCACAAAGAAUCUUGCACUGGGGAAAUUCAUCGUUCGAUUAUGCCAGAUGAGGCUUGCUCAAGCAGCCGAGAAGAUUAGGAAACGGACCGGCUUGAAACGCGCCAAGCUCGAUUCAAUGCAGAGGACCGCUAAGAACCACGGCAUGGGAAUAAAGGAGCUCGGGCGGCAUCUUGAGGAAGGGCGAUGGUGGCUGAAGCUUUGUGGGCCUUAUGAGGGUCUCUUGCCUUUUAUCUUGCUGAAACCUGACAACCAGGCCCCAUUUGACAUCAAGAAGGAGGCUUGGCAUCAUCUUGUGAAAGAUGAUGCUAAACUGCAGGCUUUCCACGAUUCUCUUGACGAAGAACACAUGCAGAAGAUCAGUGAUGCUGGGCAAAUAUUUGAUGGGAUGAUGAGACUCGAAAUUUCACACAAAUUUCAAUGGGAGGGGGAUGAGAAACCCGAUACCCAGGCGAAGAAUCAGACCACAUACCUUAGUACUGUCAUCUAG